GAGAGUGCGCGGCGUUCCUCGUGGCUUCGGCUCGGCACUGCAGGUGCGCUGGGCGACUAUGGCCGAGAAGGCCCCCAAAGAUUCAAUAUUUAUCGACUGGACGUGGACGGCCCUGCCCUGGCGACACGGCGAAGAAGGCGUCGGUUUGGGCACAGUGGCGGACAAGUUCGGCCUGGUUCUUCUCAGCACCCCCAUGUCGCGGGAACUGCUGAAUGCUACAUGGUCCAUGACUGGGAGGCACAUUGUGGCAGAUGGAGGUGCCAAGGUUCUGCAGGUCACGGCGCCGGAGCUUCUACCCGAACUGAUCGUUGGAGACUUCGAUUCUGCGCCGGAAGCAGUUCUUCAGGCCUAUCGAGAGAAGGGGGUUGAGGUUCGAGACUUGUCACACGAUCAAGACAGCACCGACCUGGAAAAGUGCCUCCAAGCAGCGAAGGAAGCUGGCUGUGAACGCGUUUGCGUCGUGGGACAGUUUGCCGGUGUCGAGGGGCGCUUGGACCACACCUUCGCGGCGAUGAAUGCCAUGCACAAAGCGGCGCAUGUCCAGGACAUCUGCGUAGCCAUGGUCAGUGACGACUGCAUUUGCGCCCUGCUUCGUGAGGGCCGCCACCGGCUCGGUGGUUUCGCCGCGCCUCCCAGCAGCUGCGGCCUCGUUCCGCUGGGCGGCCCUGUCAAGGCAUCGACAAAAGGCUUGCAUUGGGAUGUGGAGGAUGCAGAUCUGGAGUGGGGCGGCCUCAUCAGCACCAGCAACUGCUUGGACUCGAAGGGCGAUGGCUUUGUGUGGGUAGAGACGACCGGACCUCUUCUCUGGAUUCCCGGCGCCAGCUUUUGA